AUGGAAAUCAAUUGCUCCUUUCAAAGAUUAGUUGGGGGAUGCUGCUCCCAAGAUAAGCGAAGUCCAGUUGCAGGAAAAGCUUCUCUUAUAGUCCCUCUGCGCUUAUGUGAGAAAGACAUCUCAGCACACAAACAGGCUGUGGGCGUGAAUGAUGUUGAAUCGGAAGUUGAUCUCAUUUUAGCACGGGCAUCGAUAUUCACGUUGCCUUGCAAUAUUUCGGACAUGACUAUCUGCCCAGCCCAUCGCUCCUCUUUGGGCAUUGGAUGGCGAAGAGGCUCGCAACGGUGCCGUGUUCCAUCCGAAUUAUCGAGGCAUGCCAAGGAAGGGAAAUCACGAAAGGGUGACCGUGGUAUAAACAAAGCGCUUUCGAAGGCAAUCCUUCGACGCACGGGAAUAUUCCUCCCUGUUGGGUCUGGUAAGUCUUUGUAAUGUUGUUAAUUUACAAUAGGAAGCUAUGACAAACAGGACAAGAAGUUACUAGUAAAAACAAAAUUGGCACAUUUAAAUUAGUACUACCACUGAAGCAUACAUUUAACCAGCCAUUUAAUUUUGUAGCGUGAGCUAGUUUAAUCAAAUUAUUUUUUAUCAGUGUGUUUUUUUUUUGUUAACUUCUUGUCGCCAAAAACUAAUACACCUCUUUCCUUAUCUCACCAUGCGGCUUGGGACCGAGAUAUUUAUUUUGGUCAGGGGCUCAGGGCCACUCACUACACCGCAAAACCGCUCUUAGGGAAGAGUGAUGGAUAGAUUUAGGGGACGUUGUUGCGUUGUUGCGUUGUUGGUGCGAGGGGACGGGCAGGUGAUUUGAAAAGCGAAAGGGAGGGUAGGAUUAAAAAACUGUUUUUGUCUAUGUCAAUAGACCAUUUUACAGUUCUGUGAUAUUUAACCAGGCCUCUGUAUGAAAGCGAGGUUUGUGUUGACCUUGAGACGAUAGAGAUCAAAAACUGGUUAACAUAACAAUUAAAGUAUUUGCAUAUCAAAAGUAACAGGGUUUGUAUCAAAACAAGGUCAACUUGAGCCUCGCUUCCACUUAAAGGCUUGGUAUCUAAGCACGCAACUGUAAAAGGGCCUAUCCAAGCCCGAAAAUUCCCCCAGGCAUUCUCAUUCUUAUUCAUUUUCGUUCGUUCGUUCGUUCGUUUAUUCAUUCUCAUUCCCCUACCCCGGUGUGGGGCCUUUUCCAAAGACGAUCAGCCCGGUUAGUGAAGCAUUGUCAAAAACAACGUGAUCUUUUCAGUCAACUCUCGUUACAACGAACACCCUCGGGACGUCGUUUAGUGUCCGUAAUACAGUGGAACCCCGAUAUAACGAUCCUCGAUAGAACGAUAUUCCCGGUAUAACGAUGAAUAUUCUAUGUCCCUGCAAAUGUUACAGUAAACUGUAUGGGACAGAACCCCGAUAUAACGAUCUUCGAUAUAACGAUAUUCCCGAUAUAACGAUGAGAAUCAGUACACAGUACACAGUACACAGUACACAGUCACAAUUUAAGCAAAACAUUGAAUUUAAUACAGUAACCGAGCAUCUGUAAAGUUUCCGUCGACAGCUUCUCUUUGACUCCUUUUAUCCCGAUAUAACGGUAUGUUUAGUUAUUUUUCAGCAUUAUCGUUAUAUCGGGUUUUCACUGUAGUGAGAGUCCGUAAUGCUUGGAGUCAUUUCCAGACAAACCUCUUUUGUCGGGGAUCUGAAUUUUGUUCGUAAUAGCGAAUGUCCGUAAUAGCGAGGUGUCCACAAAGCGAGAGUUUAAUGUAAAUGGUUCUGCCCCAACACUGUACAAAUAUUUGCACUGUUGUUUCCGUGUGCAAACGAGAGAUGAAGCAAAGAAGAACGCCGGGAAUCAAAAGAGUUGCAGUUUUAGAUGUUAAAAAGCGAUUGAAGCUGUUGCAGGCUCCAGUCGUUCUAAUGAAGUUACAUUUAUUUGGGAAUGAUUACUUGUAUGCGUGAGCUUGCCUCACCGUGGGGCAUUUUCCACAUUUUCAAAAUCAAAAGACAAAUGCCCCGGGGGAUGAGCAGGCGGUAUUGAUAAAUUGGUUUUACUUUACGAACAGUUCGAUUAUAAUUUAUCAUUUUUUUGUGUGUGUAGGAAUUUGUCGUGACUGCAGGACGGCCAUUGUUCCGGAUACCAAGAUAACGGUUACAGAAGCCUGUGGCUCAAGCAUAGCUGGCAUUGCAAAAGGAAUUGAAAAUGUUUCUUUGGUGAGCCACUUUAGUGACAGUACGUAGUAGUUUCAGUAGUUUUCACAUGUAUUUUCGCGGUGAAAGGGCAUUAUCAAUUGCGAUUUUAAGAAAAUUUGUGAUUAAACAUGACCUGUUUUCUGAUAGACACCCACUUGUGUAGACUUGCAUAAACUUACUAUGGGUUGUAUCUUAUUUGAUCACGUUGAGAUUUCAACGCAAGGAGUUAUUCAGCAGUUUCGUUUGUUUGGCAAAACAAUCUCCAUCAUUUAUGAAUAGCACUAUCAAUAUUAAAUAAUUACAUUCAAGCCGAUGCACGACAUUGGAAGUCAAUUCAUGUAAGUUCAGACCUCCUACUUGUGCUGGCCUCCAUCUCGUUUUUUCUAUUACUUCUCACCGUGCCUGAUGUUUCAGAAUUUGAGCGCCAGUGUAGCCCAGUCAAAUAAAGCAUUUGGAAUUAAACACGUUAUGACUUUCUACCAAGUUACAUACUUAUGUUUUCUUAUUUUUCUGAGAAAAACAGAAACGCAAAGUAAUACUAACAGUAAACACCCGCAUACAAGAACACGUGGAUACCAGAAAAAGAAAGCUGGUCUAGAAAAACUAAGAAAAUUCGUGUUUACUUAUAUCAUUGAUAGUAUUUAUUUACUAUUAAUUUGAAUUUUUUUUUUUAGUGCAAGUAAUGAAACAUUGUAUGCUAAUUACACCUCUAGUGAUGUAAAAUGUAUACUAUUUCUGAAAAAAUUUUAAGAACAAUUUAAUAACACUUUCAGGCUGAUUUCCACUAAACACACAUCAAACAAAAACACGAUCAGCCAGAAGCCCGAAAUCAAUGUUCUUAUAUUCAGGUGUUUACUGUACACGCGUGGUUACAUUUGAAGGACGAGGGGGAGGAUUACGCUGGUGUUCCUCACAGUACUCCCAUAACACCAGGAGGAAGUUUCUACAUUCCUGAAAGUGACGACGCAUGCACUUCUUUUGAAGUAACGUUCGAUGAUCUUCGCGGUGCACAGGCAGAACACAAACCUGCUGACGCCCUUAAUGAGUAUUUGCAAUCCCGAGAUACCAGUCCAGUCCGUUCUAGGCUUAACACUCCGUGGGAGAUCGCAAGUGAGAGAACAAAGCGUUACUACAUACGAAAAGCUGGACAAGGUGUGACCGCCAUAAUGGAAGAUAUCGCGCCCAAAAGUCCUGCUGAGUUGUUC